AUGGACGACAAUGGAACAUCACAGUCGUCAUACCCGAAUCAGGAGGCUGAGCCUGGGCCAAAUCCCUCAUUCGACCUUGUGAGGGACUUUUUCAGGGCCACACCGGACUACGACGUCGUCAUGCGGCCCGAGUUGCCCAGUGCUCCACUACUGACGCAACAAAUCCAGGAGGAGACCUCAACACAUGUAAUCUCUAUUAGGCCUAUCAGGCAACUUCACUGCAUGCAAGUAGUGCGAGAGUGCAUGGCUUCCUCUGCAGCUUUCUUGGCUCUCUCCCUCUUUGCUUUACGCCUCUGCUGCUGUCAUGAGCAAGAUGCCGAUGAUGGCAAUGGCGUGACUGCGAUCUAUAGCCUUGGUGACUCCAUCACUGACACGGGGAACCUGGUCAAGGAGGCGUCUCCUGGCAUGUUCGAGACUAUCAAGCACCUACUUCCCUCAACUGGACGGUACUCUGAUGGGCUCCUUAUGAUCGACUUCCUAGCUCAGGACCUGGGUCUUCCGUUUCUGAACCGUUACCUGGGCAAGAACAAGAGCUUUGAUCACGGCGUAAACUUCGCCGUCGCCGGAGCCACCGCGACGGACCCUGCCGUCCAGUUCAGCCGGGGCUUCCCCAUGCCUUUCGCCGCCAACUCCCUUAAGCUGCAGCUGCGGUGGUUCAAGGACUUCAUGAAGUCCAGCUUCGGCACUGAUGAAGAGAUACGCAGGAGGCUUCAAAAUUCUCUGGUUCUGAUCGGUGAGAUUGCAGGGAACGACUACAACUACGCCUUCUUCGGGAACAAGGCUGUGAACGAGGUGGAGAAACUGAUCCCAGAGGUUGUCCGAACCAUCAUAGACGCCGCCAAGGAAGUGCUUGACAUGGGCGCCAACGGAGUCAUCGUCCCGGGCAACUUCCCCAUCGGCUGCGUGCCGGGCUACCUGACCAUGAGGGCCGGCUCGUCGGAGCCGUCGGACUACGACUCCAUGGGCUGCGUCCGGGAGUUGAACCUUUUCGCCGCCAUGCACAACUCGCGGCCAUCCUACCCGGACGCGUCAAUCGCCUACGCCGACUACUUCAACUCGUUCCUCGCCCUCCUCAGCAACGCCUCGUCGCUCGGUUUCGACGCGGCGAGCACGCGCAAGGCGUGCUGCGGGGCGGGCGGCGGCGGCGAAUACAACUUCGACUGGCGGAGGAUGUGCGGCGCCGGGGGGGCGACGGCGUGCGCAGAGCCGUCGGCGUACGUGAGCUGGGACGGGAUACACAUGACGCAGGCGGCGUACAGGGCCAUGUCCAGGCUCAUCUACCGUGGGAAGUACCUGGAGCCGCAGAUACUGAAUUUCCAGGAGAGAAAUGGCCAAGCAUAGAUGGAGAAUCAUAGAAUAGAAAGAUGAUCGCAGGCCAUGCAUGGCGUCAUUUGGAAACUUCUCGGCUAUUUUUUCAAGGCUUCGAUGGGUUUCGUCUGCCGCGGUAGUAGUAGCACC